CAAGGGUUGAAUCAUUGGCAUACGCGCUGCUCCUGGCUUUGGUCGUCAUCGCAUCGCGAAUGUCCUGAAAGUGCAGCGAAAGACCAAAAGAACCUGCGCGCUCGACCCCGGUAAGGCUGGCCUCAUCAUUGUUGCUCCCAAUCUCUGCCUGCGCAAGCUAAGGUGGCAUAUCACGCCCCUCACCCCCUCGGCUGUCCUGCGUGGAGCAUCAGAGCAUUACAGGUCGAAGCUCUAAAGCAGCCCACAGACAUCGCAAGCUUGACACACACGGUUGAAGAACGGGUGUGGAGACUUGGCACACCGGCGAUCCGCCAGACUGGAGAUCCGGAGGUUUUGACCUGGGUCAAGAGGCGCUGUUGCAAGGAUCGUCCAGCAUCGUAGAAGUGUGCUUGAGCCAAAAAGGAUUUCAAAAUGCCUCCUAAGAGCAUGAUCUCCCUCGUGCGAGAUCGCAUCUUUACUGCGAUUCGCUCGGUGCAGCCAGCCUCACGAUGGAAGGUUUUGGUUCUCGACGCUCACACAUCAGAGCUGAUUUCUUCGGUUGCGAAGAUGCAUGAUAUCUUACAAGAGUCAGUCACCGGGGUGGAGAUGAUUGAGCAGGCAGACAGGCAUGAUCAGCCAGCUUUUGAAGCCUGCUACAUCCUUUGUCCGACAACUGCUAGUGUCGAUGCUAUCAUCCAUGACUUAGCGCCUGGGGGGGACGCAUCGAGGGGAAAGUACGCAGCAGCACACAUCUUUUUCGUUGAUGGACUCACGGACGAGCUCAUACAACGAUUGACUAGGUCGCCAGCGGAGCCAAAGCUUCGACAGCUCAUUGAGCUUUUCUGCAAUAUCUGGACGCCUGAGAAUCAAAUCUUCUCAUUACGGAGUCCUCAAUCAUUCUACACCAUCUUUCAACCCUUAUCAUCGCGCCCAUUCAAUGAAAUGAGCGCUGCACAGCGAGCGAUCGAGGACGAGGUCGUUGCCACCGCACACAUCCUGCUCAACGUCUGCGUCACGCUCAACGAGUUUCCUCAAAUCCGCUACUACAACCCCAGCCACCCCCCAUUAGGGGCUUUGGCUCCACCUGAUGGAGGUGCCGCUGGCGGACCAUCAACGUCGCAUUUUGAUCGGGCUGGAAGCAACACGUUGUACUCAGGAAGCGCGAGGAUUGCACGCUUCAGAGACGCGAACGACAGUUCGGGCGUCAGUACCGGAGGGACUCCGCCAAUAGGAGGCGGAGACCAUUUUACGAAGCGGCUAGCGUUUCGAUUGCAAGGCGCACUUGAUGACUACGUCCGCGAGAACCAGCCAAAACAAGACCCUGGGCGACCAAAGGGCGUCCUUUUUAUCACCGACCGCAGCAUGGACAUUGUUGCACCAUUCCUGCACGAGUUCAGCUAUCAAGCCAUGUGCAACGACCUGCUGCCCAUCGAGGAUGGCCUGCGAUAUCACUAUCGCUUCACGAAUGCGCAGGGGCAGGAGGAGGAGAAAGAUGCAGUACUGUCGGACGAGGAUUCGGUCUGGUGCGCGAUUCGGCAUCUGCACAUCGCAGAGGCCAUCCAGAAGCUCACAGACGAUUUCAAGGAGCACGCUGGUCGACAAGGCCAGUAUGCGACUGGCAGUAACCUGAAUGACAUGCGAGACAUGCUCGCGAGCUUGCCGCAUAUGCAGGAAAUGAAGGAGAAGCUCAGUCUGCACCUAACGAUGGCGCAUAAUUGCAUGAACAUCUUUGAGAGAACUAAGCUCAACGCACAGGCGAGUGUCGAGCAGUGCUGUGCAACACGCAUGACACCGGACGGAUCGAAACCCAAGACGCUCGUGGAGGAGAUGGUGCCACUGCUGGAUGACAGGCAGGUCAGCAACGCAGACAAGGUCCGCAUCAUUGCACUGUACAUCAUGUACUGCGAUGGUGUGCCGGACGAGGACCGGAAGCGACUUUUCCAGCAUGCCAGACUCGGUCUGCAAGAGAUGGAUGCAGUCAACAACCUCGUUCUCCUCGGCGCCCGCGUCGUCAAACAGCCCAUGACCUCGGCGUGGGACACGUGGUUCAAGAAGACGAGCGCAAGAAAGCAACCAUACCGCGAGAAUGAGUACGAACUCAGUCGGUAUCAGCCGCAGGUUAAGCUCAUGAUUGAAGACCACUGCUCCGGAAAGCUAGAGCAGUCGACCUACCCAUAUGUACGGGACGCGCCGCCGGACACAUCAGGCUUUGUCAAUCAAGCUUCAUCAGCGGGUAACUCUGCGUUAGCACGUGUUGGCCUGAACACUGGUUCAUCUAGCGCAGCAAGCAGUGCUGGGCGGCCGGCUGCGAGCAGCUUGCGCAGUGCCAAGCCUACAUGGCACCAGAAGCCGCGGGUUGGUGUUGCUUCAGGAGGUGGCUUGAGCUCCGCAGGGGGCAAUUCCUUACCUUCGUCUUUCUCGCGAGACGAUGCAACGCGACAGCGCUUCAUCAUCUUCAUUGCCGGCGGAAUGAGCUAUUCCGAAAUUCGUUCGGCAUACCUGAGCUCCUCGACCGUCGGAAAGGAUGUGUAUAUCGGCUCUUCACACAUCUUCACACCGACAACCUUCAUGGAGAGCCUCAAGCAUCUCUCGCAAGGGCCACCAAAGUAUCAGCAUAGGCACGGACACGGGCACCACGAGCACCCGCACCACACUCCCCGUCACUAUCCCGGGGGUCUAGCGCUGCCUCCUGGCGCCACCAUGCUGACCAAGCCCUCCAACGACGUCAGUGGACUGCGCUCACGUUCCGAAUUGACGCGCGACGGUCCUCAACACUCGGGUAAUGGAACUUAUCAACCGCACCACCAGCCUCAUCAGAGUUGGUCACAACCAUCUUCGGCAACAUUGCAGGACUCGUACGAUCGAAGAUUUUACUCGCCCAGCCAGCCAACGCUGUACCAGCCCCAAGCACAGCAAACAUCUGGUCCCCGACCUCCCUCUAAUGCACCGAGCUACGGUAGCACUUCCGGGCAACGCAUACAGGCACACCUACAGCAGUACGAAAAUCGAGCGGCUAGCCCAUCGCCCAGCGACCUCAGCAAGGCUAGCAAGGAGAAAAAGAAGGGAAAGUUGGGUUUCUUUAAGAAGUGAUCACACACAACCACAUCAUGCAUUCUGCUUCUCCACAAAUGCACAUGUAUCUAUUCAUUCGUACGGCAUCAGCGACCCAUUCAACGGAAGACGGCGAGCCCAUUCACCCGCUCGAUGACAUCAUGGCAAGUGCACAUAGCUUUGGGUCUUCUGGC